AUGGAAAUCCAUUGUCAUCUCACUAAAGUUGGGUUGCUAUCUAAUCAGCAUAUAACACCUCCUCUGUUCAAGUUAUAUAUUGCCCAUGAUCACAUGUUGGAAGCACGUGAACUAUUUUGGUCAAUGCUGGAGUGGAGCACCGAUCCCUUCCAUGGCAAUCUGAUGCUUAUGGGAUUCUUGAAGAGCAGACAGCUAGAUAAGGCGUAUCAGAUUUUCAAGAGGAUGCCUGUCAAGGACUUGGUCUCUUGGAAUUCAAUGAUUGCCGGUGCAGUAAGGAGCUCGCACCUGAAAGAAGCAAUGAAUCUUUUUAGCAGGUUGGUCUGUUCAGGCCUUGUGCCUGAUUGCUUCUCAUUCUCCUCAGUUCUGUUAGCAUGUGCUCGAGCUGGUGCUCGCCGGUAUGGAGUGUGGGUGCAUCACCUGAUGACUGAACUGGGGGUGGAAAUGAAUCAUAUCUUAACUUCAGCACUUGUUGACAUGUAUGCCAAAUGUGGAAGAAUUGAAGUGGCAACUGAGAUAUUCAAUAAAGUCAAGAGAAACCAUAUUUUUGUCUGGAAUGCAAUGAUUAGUGGCUUGGCAUCGCAUGGUCUUGGAUCCGAUGUAAUGAUUUUGUUCGACAAGAUGAAAAGUGAAGAGCUGGUUCCUGACGGGGUUACAUUUGUUGCACUCUUGACAGCCUGCAGCCACUGUGGCAUGGUUGAAGAGGCUCGCCAAUACUUCAGAUCAAUGACUACAGAGUAUUCUAUCACGCCAGAGGUUGAGCACUACGGUGCAUUGGUGGAUACGUUGUCGCGAGCUGGGUUGCUGGAUGAGGCAUACAAGUUGGUAAUGUCGAUGAAUGUAAAGCCUGAUGUUGUGAUAUGGAGGGCAUUACUUAGUGCCUGUCGCAGAUAUUGCCAAACAAAAUUAGGUGAGGUCACUAUUGAGCAUAUGGCAUGCCAUGGCAGUGGGGAUUAUACCCUUCUUUCAAACAUCUAUUCAUCAGCAAAUAGAUGGAAUGAUUCAGAGGAAGUAUGGAAACAGAGGAAACAAAAGAAAAUUAGGAAGAGCAAAGGCUUGAGUUGGGUUGAGUUAGGGGGAAGCACCCAUGAAUUUAAAGCUGGUGAUAGAUCUCAUCCAGACACCGAGGAUAUAUACCUAGUGCUGCAUGGAUUAUGUAAAAGAGCUAAGGUUGAAGGUUAUGCUCCAUUGACUGAACUAGUAACAAAAGAUGUCUCGGAGGAGGAAAGAGAAGAAAACCUUACCUUCCAUAGUGAGAAGCUAGCAGUGGCUUAUAGUGUCCUGAAGACUGGUCCAGGGACAGAAAUAAUGGUUUCAAAGAAUUUGCAGAUUUGCAGUGACUGUCAUGAAUGGAUGAAGAUAAUCUCAAAGUCAGAGCUUGAGCAGCUUAAAUCACUUAAUUGCUACAAUGUUGAGGAAGAGUUUUCUGGGGUCAAGACCGAAUGGCCUGCAACUAUCCUUGUUUUUGAUAUUGAAACUACAGGCUUCUCACGUCGUGGUGACAGAAUUAUUGAGUUUGCUGUUCGUGAUCUUAUGGGGGGAAAGAAUAGCACUUUCCAGACACUCAUAAAUCCCGAGCAAGAGGUGAGAAAUUCAUAUGUUCAUGGUAUUAGCAACAGCAUGCUCUGCAGACCUGAUGUUCCAAGAUUUGGAGAGCUUAUUCCCAUUCUGCUACAAUAUGUGUGGAGUCGUCAAAUGGACGGCAAACCAGUUAUGUGGGUUGCUCAUAAUGGGCGUUCCUUUGACGUACCCUUUCUCAUCUUUGAGCUCCGACGGUGUAAAGUAGAGAUGCCUGGUGAUUGGCUCUUUGUAGAUACUCUUCCUAUCGCAAGACAAUUGGUCGAUUCUAAUGGGUCAAAACUCAGUUCUGUGUCAUUGAAGAACCUGAGAGAACGCUACAAAAUUUCACUCACAGGGAGCGCGCAUCGUGCCAUGCAGGAUGUGACAACCCUCUGUUAUGUGCUUCAGAAAUUGACCUUUGAGCUGAAACUAACUGUUCCUCUGCUGCUCGAGAAGUCUUUCCGAGCAUCAGAUCUUCCAGCGACUCGUCCUGAAAAGUAA